AUGGGAAACGCGGCUACGAAGGAGGCCAGGCCUUCAAGCCUCAGGCACGGACAGACGCGCUCGCAUCACGAUACAGACUCUUCCCGUGCCAGAGGCUCGCCGGAUCGCUCGUUCCUUGGGGGGCUCUCUAGCAAUGACAGGGGUGCGUCGUCAGAGCCCCGGCGGGAGACAAGACAGGAGAGGGAAGCUCGAAAACGCGAAAAGGAGCGAGCGGCAAGGAUUAAAGAGAGGGAACGAAGUAUGAAGGAAGAGCAUGUUGAUGGAGGUUAUCUCGUUACGCAGGGUGUCUAUGUUGGUACCGAAGACUUCAACAAGCCCAUUGUCAGGCAGCUGAUGAUCGAACGGCGAAUCGCCCCAUUCUGGAGGGGGUUGAAUGAAUUCUCUACCUCCUGGGCAGAGCAUCAGAUCAUGGCUGCUGCUCGUGGUCUCCCCAUACCGCCAGCUGAUGAAGUUCCGCCGGAGCUCGAGUACAAGGCACCACCCCCAGUCUCGCAGGAAGAUAGGCAGAGCGACAAAUUCCUCAACACCCUCACCAUUCCGAUCGCAUCGAGAUCUCAGUCUUUCAACUCUGACAGCUCGGCGGGAGCUCGGAAAACCACUCCCCAGUGUCAGUCUUCAGCCAACGCAAACGCCUCUGGUUCCCAGCUCUUUAGAGGGCGGGCCAAGACUCUGGCGUCGUUAACAACCUCGUCCAAGUCCAAUUCAAAUAUGGCACCGCGGGAAUUCCAGCUACCGAACGACCCAUUUGUGAAUGGCCAACCAAUCGAAGUCUAUCUCUACAAAGAUCCCAUAGAAUGUCCCAUCUGCUUUCUCUACUAUCCGCCAUACCUAAAUAAAACUAGGUGCUGCGACCAGCCUAUCUGCUCGGAAUGUUUCGUACAGAUCAAACGAGCAGAUCCACAUCCUCCUGAACACGAACAGCCUGGAACAACCUCUCCCGGGGAAACUGACUCACAAACAAAUGACUCCGAUCACCAGCUUGUAACCGAACCAGCAGCAUGUCCCUUCUGCGUACAGCCUGAAUUUGGUGUAACUUACGCCCAACCACCGUUCCGUCGGGGUCUCGCUUACGCCCCAGGGCACAGCAACACCCACCCCUUGGCGAAUGUAGCUUCCCCCAUGUCAUCGUCAAGUUCAUUGAAUUCUGCGAAUGCCAGCCCUGGUACGACCACAACACGACGACGUGCCACAUCUUUAUCUGCAGAUGCACCAGGGGUCAUCACUACAGAUAAAAUCAGGCCCGAUUGGGCACAGAAGUUGGCUACUGCGCGAGCAAAUGCUGCAAGACGGUCAGCUGCUGCCACGGCUUUGCACACCGCAGCAUACCUAAUGAAUAACAACAAUAACAGCACGUCCGGGUCGAACAGCGAAUCAAGAAACCUGGCAAGCAUUGGAAGGAGGGCCCUCUUGCGCAGAGGGACUGGGAAUGAUAGUCCAACCAGCCGAAGCAACUCCACUCACAUCAAUGCCUUUGCUUAUCUAGCUGAAAGAAGGGCAAACGAGCGACUCGAAGGUGAUGACCAACCCAACAUUAGUGCAAGGGGUAACUCAAGACGAGAAAGGAGCAGAGCUGAAGAAAUAGAAGAGAUGAUGGUCAUGGAAGCCAUCCGUCUAAGCCUUACAUCCGAAGAGGAGAGGCGGAAGAAGGAAGAGAAAGAAGCUAAGAAGGAAGCCAAGAAACGAGAGAAGGAUUCGAAGAAAGGUGGAAAGUGUGGUGAUGAAGCCUCCAGUAACAGUGGUAACAAUUCUACACUCAAUGUUGCUGCACCGAUAGGUGUUGCCUGCCCUGAAGCCGGACCCUUGGGAAAUACCUCUUCAACGGACAAGGGUAAAGGCGUAGCUCGCCCAGCUUGCCAGGUAGAAUCUUCCCGUAUUCCCGACCAGCCGCCCAAGUUGACUUUGAAUAUUCCUCUCGACGGCGAAUCCUCCGUGCAGGCAGGGAACUCCCCAAAAACGCAUCUUCGACCGCACUCGAGUGCCUCAUCUUCCGACAUCUCUCUUGUCGAAUCCGCAUUCGACGAUCAAAAGGAUACCGGCACCCCCAACGGCUCAGCUCCCAACAUCGACGCCGUUUUUAAUUUCCGCAGCCUUGCCGCCAUGGUUGGUGACGCCGAGAAUGCGGACCAGGAACACACUGAGCGCUCGAGCUCUCCAGUCCCCAUCGGCGGCCAGGCUGAUGACUCGAGAAAGAGUGAACCCCAGCGUGAGGGCUCCAAGCCACGAGGUUCCCCAUUGGAAGUGAAAGAAGCACAGUCCCAGUCCACUGAAAUACCUUCUCAGUCUCCCAUAAGUUCGUCUUAG